CGGCAUCAGGUGAAGAUUUCAAGUUACAAAGAUCUCUUUUACACAGCAAUCAGACAUUGCGUUACGGUCUUUUUGUGUUGUUUGAUUCUCCAAUUAUCUUGCUGUCAUGGUAUUUCGCGUUUUGCUCUCACCUCUUCCUAAUUCUCAUCCUUUCUUCGAGCGGGAAUGUCCUCUUGAUCAUCCACUGAAGAUUGGUCGUUCGGUAGCUAAGUUCAAGUCGUCUCAAGACAAUUUGAUAUUUGACUGUAAGGUCUUGUCGAGAAAUCACGCACUACUGUGGGAAGAAGGGGGGAAGUUUUAUUUGAAAGACACUAAGAGCAGCAAUGGAACAUUUGUAAACAGACAGAGAUUAAGUCGUAGUGGAGACGAGUCUAGCCCAGUUGAGGUGAAAGCAGGAGAUGAACUACAAUUUGGAGUGGAUGUCAUAGAGAACAAGAAAGUAACUCACAGUUGCAUCAUCGGGACGGUUACGUUUAUUUCACUGGAUCCUGCAGCAGCAACUGCAACCAUUGCAAAGCUGGAAACUGUAUCAUCUCGUGACUUGCUGGAAUUGUCUCAAGUGCUGAGAAGCAUGAAGGAAAGGGAGCAGUCGCUGUCGACUAAACUAGCAAACAUUCAAGACAUUGUGGUAGGGGUGGAGAAUCAAGCAGAACAUGGAUUUCAGGCAUUGUUGACGGAAGAUCAAUUGUUGUUAAGAAUAGAGAUGCUUGAAAAUCAACUUCAAUUGUAUAGUGAGAAGUACACUGACGAUGAAUUGCAUCAUCAACUGUCAGAAUUACUAGAUCAAAAGAGACAGUACGAGCUAAAGUCAAAGGAAUCGCUCAGAAGGGUUUUACAGGAGAAAUUGGAGUAUGCUAGUAAACUCUCAGAAAUACAGAGAAACUAUGAUCAGUCUGAAGAGGAAUGUGAGAAGAUGCGAAAUUUGUAUGAGAAGUCGCAAAAGAACGCUGAAGAACUAGCAGAUGUGCUGAAAGCAAAAGAAGUUGAGAUGUUGGCGCUUCUCACUGAGACGCAUGAAGUACAAGAACAACUUUCUGGCCUUCAAAAACAGACCGACACAGAAAAUGUGCAUCUCAAGGAACAGGUCACACAUCUUACUGGAAGAGAGAGUAUGCUCACAGUUCAGGUUGAAUCAUUACAAGCUGAAGUUGACUUCACUAAAGAGCAACUUGCUGCUUCUCGAGCCAAGCUGGAACUACUGCAGACACCAGUGAGCAAAUCAACUGUUGGCGUGCAAGCGAGCGCAGAAUACCAAAACGUGGGAGUGCAGACUGACAGCAAGACGAUGACUGACAGCAAGACGAUGACUGACCGGUCAACACAGACUGUAAUGCCGACGUUCAUUGACCAGGAAGUUCAAACGGAAUGCUGCAAACAGGAUGUGAUCGCUGUCGUUGCGACACCGGUUACAGAACAAGUCGAAAUGCAGAAGACUGCCUUGCUACACUCACAAGUACCAGACGAAAUCUCGAUGUCGACGGAUAACGUAACGGUUGGGGAUCUCCAGCAGCAAAUUGCGCACUUUGGAACUCAGACUUCUGCGUUGGAAGCACAAAAGAGGGAUCUUCUCGCUGAAGUGGAAGACCUCAAGUUCAAGUUGCAUGACGCGGAAUCUGCAGCUGCUUCGACCGACGUGUCUCAGACUUUAAAUCAAGUGUGGAAGCAGCUGAAUGAUGCAAACGAGGAGAACCGACGACUUCGCGCCACAAUGUCUCAACAACGUUCAGAGGUUGAUACAGUCCGUAAUCAGCUGAAAACAGAGCAAAAUACACUAGCAAAAGAGAAAGCUGAACGAGAGCAGAUGACUAGAAGAAACAAUCUUCUCAGCAUACAGCUUACCGAAGCUCAGGACCAGCUUCAACUGGUGGAGGAAAAGCAAGCUCUGGCUGUUAAGAGAAAGGAGUCGGAAGGGCAAGCGACGACUGAACAGCGCCAGAGACAGCGUGAACUGCUGCAGAGGCACUUAUCAAACCUCAAUCGAAAAGUCCAGGAGAAAACCGAACGCAUUGGCAUUCUUCAGAGUCAGUUGAGUGACGUCAAAGGCAAACUCGCUCGCGGCCACAUGUCUCGCGAAAUGGGUGUCGUUCUUGGUGUUGUGGCUGCUGUGCUUGCCUGGUUUGGACUCUGUCUCUUCUCUUGGAUCUCCUAGUAUUACAACGUUUGUUUCCUAAUACUAACACAGUUAGAUGGUUUUUUGUAGAAUUUAUGGAGAUUACAGAUAAGUAAAGAAGGUAGAAGUAUGCCAACUGUAGAGUUGGCGUGGCGACCAACGUAGUUUGAAGAAUUGACUCACAAAGUGGGCCAAAUUGCCAGCAACAACUACUUAUUACUUCCGAUUGCUCUGUUUGUGGAUUUCGUUGAGUAUUUGAAUGAAUGAGAGCGUUUUAGUCUCGCUA